GUGCCUCUGUCCGGGCGGAGAGGCGGUUUUUGAUGGCGGCUCACGCCUAAGUAGUCACUCUCUCUGUCAGCAUUGCGCCUGGUUUGUUUAUUUAUUUUUGUUAAUCAUGUCUGCCAGCCCGGCUUUUUUGAUGCGGCUUAUGGCCUCGACCUUCUCCAUUGCCGAGAAGGCGCAGACCAUAGUUCACCAGGUGAUGAGUGGAGGGGACCUGGGAGUGGUGGAGAAGACUGGAGCCAAUGAUCUACAAACAAAAGCAGAUCGAUUGGUGCAGCUAAGCAUCUGUUCAUCACUAGCACGUAAAUUCCCCAAACUAACUAUAAUUGGGGAGGAGGAUUUGCCAUCCCAAGAAGUAGAUGAAGAUUUAAUUGAAAGUGGUCAAUCUGAAGAUGUGUUGAAGCACUCCUGUCCAACUCAGUACAGCCACAUCAAGGAAGCUGAGAUAGUGGUUUGGGUUGAUCCUCUUGAUGGCACAAAGGAAUACACAGAAGGUCUCUUGGAUCAUGUGACUGUGCUUAUUGGAAUUGCUUAUGAUGGUAAAGCAAUAGCUGGUGUAAUCAAUCAGCCAUAUUACAACUAUCAGGCUGGGGCUGGUGCUGUACUUGGUCGGACCAUCUGGGGGGUUCUGAACCUUGGGGUGUUUGGAAUUCAGCUGAAGGAAGCACCAGAAGGGAAACACAUCAUUACUACAACCCGUUCCCACAGCAGCAAGCUGGUAAAUGACUGUAUUUGUGCAAUGAAUGCUGAUGAAGUAAUAAGGGUCGGAGGAGCAGGCAACAAGGUCAUACAGCUUAUUGAGGGGAAGGCCUCGGCUUAUGUAUUUGCUAGUCCUGGCUGUAAGAAAUGGGAUACUUGUGCUCCUGAGGCUAUCCUUCAUGCUGUUUCAGGUAAACUGACAGAUAUUCAUGGGAAUCCCUUCCAGUAUCAUAAAGAUGUGAAGCAUAUGAACUCAGCUGGAGUCCUUGCAACUUUGAGGAACUUUGACUAUUAUGCAAGCCGUGUUCCCGAUUCUGUUAAAAUGGCCCUAGUUCCCUGAAAAUGUUGUAAUAUGCUGCCUUAGUAACCUCUCAAAUGACCAAAAUGCCUGAGUAUUCAUUCCUAUUCAAAUAAGAUGUAAUAUUCAGGAUGUUAGUAUGUGGGUACAGCUCUUUUUACUUUGCAAUACAGGUACUGAUCUGUAGAGUUAGUCUGUUCGUGGUAGUGCAGAGUUCAGUAGAGAUCACGUCUCGCAGAUCACCUGUGACUGAUGUUUAUUCCAGAAAUUUUUGAUGUAUGUUUUUUAAGCUGUAUGCAAUGAUCUUGUUUUCACGUGAAUUAUCUGAAUUGAGACGAUAUUUUUUAUGGUCUUUUACACAAUAUUUGCACUUGAUUUUCAUGGGUGGCCUUAUAUUGUAUUUUGCUCUUACUGGCUAACCUAAAUCCACAUUGUUGAUUGUGUAUUUCUGCACUUGGAAAAUUAGUUUCUCAACGAGUUCUAAAAAUUCAGUAUUUGUACAUUGUUCUCGUUAAUCUUUGUUAUUUUUACAUUUACUAGUGUGGAAAACUAAGUGAAUGUUUGCAAGAAAAUGUAAUUUCUUUAAAUUAUAUUUUAAAUCACUGAUUUGAAUAAAUUGCUGGUGAUACUUUA